AUGCAGGCCUAUGGCUGGCUACAAGGUGCUCCAGGUGCUCCAGGUGCUCCAGGUGCUCCAGGUGCUCCAGGCGCAGGCGAGUCCGGUCUCGAGGACGUGACCUACGCCUGCGAGUACUGCCGGACCAAAUACAAUAGCUACGCGGAGGCUGAAGCGUGCGAGGCCGCUUGCCAAAAGAAGGGCGCCAAUGGCUCACACAUGGCUCUGUUCUUGGCACCAGCGUUGCCCAGUGCUACUCCGUGCGGGUUGGCCAGCGUGCUGUCGGGGGGCAAGGGCGCGCUGAUCGGGAAGGGCCUGCAGCUGCUGGCGGCCAAGGGUGUCCUGCCCAGUUUGAUCCGACCAGGCACGGCCCCCGGCGGCCCCGCAAGGCGCACCUACGCCGUCAACAUCUUCGUCGCAUGA